UCAACAUCUCAAACACAAUCACCAAUUAUUUAUAAUCUUCUCAUCUCGACUUAGCUAUAUCUACCGCUUCCUAAAUGGCCGCCGCCCUCGCUUUCUCGAUGCUAACCAUUUACUUGGCCGCCGCCGCUCUUUCUCCCUCUUUACUGGCGGCGUCAGCAGCUGUAAAGAAGUACAGCGUGAGCACCUACGGCGCCAAGGCGGAUGGGAAAACAGACUCCACCAGCGCUUUCCUCUCGGCCUGGAACAAAGCCUGUAGCUCUCCCUCCCCGUCCACCGUCUACGUGCCGCCGGGGAGAUUCUAUCUCAAGAACGUGGCGUUUCAGGGUCCUUGCAAGACCAACUCGAUCAUGUUCCGGAUAGAUGGCACCCUCGUUGCACCGUCAGAUUACUCCGUCAUUGCGAAGAUUGGGAAUUGGAUCAUGUUCCGUCACGUUAACGGCGUUACCAUCUCCGGCGGGACACUCGACGGCCAGGGCGCUUCUCUCUGGUCCUGCAAGGCCGCAGGCAAGAGCUGCCCUGACGGCGCCAGGAAUUUGGAAUUCAGCAAUUCCCAGAAUGUCCAGAUCAACGGGCUUGCGUCGGUGAACAGCCAGCUGUUCCACAUCGUGAUCAACGGCUGCCAGAACGUGAAAGUUCAGGGAGUGAAAGUAACCGCCGCCGGCGACAGUCCCAACACCGACGGGAUCCACGUGCAGUCAUCCGCCGGAGUGACGAUCCUUAAUUCAAGGAUCGGGACUGGUGACGACUGCAUCUCGAUUGGGCCUGGCACCACCAACCUGUGGAUCGAGAACAUCUCGUGUGGGCCGGGCCACGGGAUCAGCAUCGGAAGCCUGGGGAAACAGCUCCACGAGGCCGGAGUCCAGAACGUGACGGUUAAGACGGUUACUUUCACGGGGACUCAAAACGGGCUGAGGAUCAAGUCGUGGGGCCGGCCCAGCACCGGGUUCGCCAGGGGGAUAUUGUUCCAGCACGCCGUUAUGAAUAACGUCCAGAACCCGAUCGUGAUCGACCAGAACUACUGCCCGGGAGAGAAGGGCUGCCCCGGUCAGGCUUCCGGCGUCAAAGUCAGCGAUGUGACGUACCAGGACGUCCAUGGCUCGUCGAGGACGGAAGUUGCCGUUAAAUUUGCUUGUAGUAAGUCGAAUCCAUGCACGGGGAUCAGGCUGGACGGCGUCAAGCUUACUUAUGACAAUCAGGCGGCGGACUCGUCGUGUCAGAAUGCCGACGGGACGGCUUCUGGAGUGGUUCAGCCCAGUAGCUGCUUGUAGAUGAUGCAUGCAAAUGGAGCUUCGUAUAAUAAUUUAGUAUUGCUGCAGGGUAUAUAGAUAGACAUUUAAAUGGGGAAAUAAUUAUAUUCUUCUGUGUGGGAAUAUUCCCCGAGAGACAAGGAUAUAGAUGUUAUUAGAUAAAACUAAUCACAUGCAAAUGAUUGACAAAUUAGAGCCUGCGGCCAUUGCGGCAAUCCAUAUGAUCAAUUGCUAGGAGGCGACCUCAUCCAUGUUCAGAAGGUUCAUGUGAUGGGUAUGGGUUUGAAAUUUAUGUAUGAGAUUAAUGGAAGAAGGAUAAAUAAAUGUCUUUUCA